AUAAAAAUCACAUUGAUAUAUAUGACAGCUACGGCAAUACUAACAUAUGUGACACCACUAACGGUUCCAGUGGACGCAUUGACGUGAUAAUGCAGCAACAACCCUACGCAACAGCCAGUGAUGUAAUCGCGGCAUCAAUGACAGUUGGUAAUGAUUAUGGCACCCUGAAUGCGGGCAGUGGCUAUGCCAUCUAUGACAAUGUGAAUUAUCAAAGCCAGGCAUAUAUUAGUUAUACAUCUGCCGCUCACGGCGGCAUCGGUACCACCAGCGGCGAAUACAGCUACAGUACAGGUGGUCAAUCUAGCUAUAGAAACAUGUACGACAGCACCACGACCAUUGGUAACAUAAGUGAAUUUAAUUCGGACGUUAGUCAUACAUCUUGGGAGAAUAACGUUCAUAAAGGAGAGAGUAUAAGCAGCGGUAGACACUCUACGCUCUACACCAUGAAAAUGCUGCCACGCUUACCGGCAAAGCCAAACAGGAGCAUUAUGGAUGGUGGUAGUGCUGGAGCUUUAAUAACAACGCCGGCACCAACAUCAACUAUAAGCGAGGACACCGAUUACAAUACAUACGACAAUGCGACAAUAAGAAAAAACUAUUACAACAAUUAUGACGACAAUGGCAGUGUACGCAGCGAAAUGUUCUCGUAUUAUACAGGGUCGGAUGACUCCAAAACGGAAUACUACGCAUCGACAGUGCAGCGGCCGCAUACAUCGAUGACACCACUAGACUUUAGGGAGUUCGACGACUACAGCGGUUCAUACAAUAACGUAUACAAUAGUAACGCCGACAAUUUGUCGACAUGUAGUGACACGCCCGCAUAUACGGCAACGCAGGCACAAAAACUGCACUUGCAGCAACAACGCAAAUAUGCCAUAAUGAUGGCAAUGACGACGGCCUCGGUGAUUGCUUCAGGUGAUACGCGUGUACCGGUAAAGCGUAUCACCGAACGCGCUGCGACAAUGUUAGCGGAGCGAACGAAUGUGCCUCCGACGGUGAUUACGACGCCAGAGAUGGCAGGGACGACAGUAAAAGGAGUCGAGGCUUAUGAUUACAUUAGCAGCGACACCAGCUUGGGGGAGCGGAAGCAUGAAAAAGCGUACUGCAACAAGGCAACGUCGAAACUUUUUACUGCAAGCAUCGCGCCAAAUAAGCCGAACAGCUAUUUUAUUGCCGAUAAAGCAGCAACUAAGCCAGCAAUACCAAUCGCAGCGGAAUUGACGGAUUCAAUUGCAAUCACAAGCAGACUUUCGCUGGAAAUAGCCGCCACCACAACAACACCAACAACAAGUGCCGAAAUUUCAUCAAACGCGGUCGCACCAACAUCAGCACUUGGUCCAACGACUACUACUAGAAAAUUGCCAAAGCGUCUGCCAACGCCAAAGUACAAUAGUGAAAAAAAUGGCAGCCGAAAAAAAGAAAAUGGCGUGAGUAAGAAGCUACCAAAGCUGCCGAUUGAUAUGCAAACACCAGAUACUAACAGCAAUACGAUGACAACAUCAACUGUAACUGCAUUUGAUGCAAAUGAGGAAGCGACACCUGCAUCUAAAACAGCACAAAAAAAUAGGGUAACAACUGCUGUAACAACUACAACAACAGAACCAACACAAGGCGCAGCAACACCAAUAGCACCCAUAUCGACGACAAAAUCAGUAGAACCGCCAUCAACCACAUUGGCUGUAAUAAAUAGUGAAUUGCCUUCAUUAACGGUAGACGCAUUUAGCGAAUCGAAAUCAUUAGCUUACAUAACAUCAACCUCAACAUCAGCACCGACAUCAAUAUCAGCAUCACCAUCAACAUAUGUAGAACCGUUCUCACCUUCAUAUUUGUCAUAUGUAUCAAACGCAGCAACAACAACUACUACUACCUUGGCCAUUGCUGCAAUACAGCCACAAAAAAUUUGUGAGUCUGAAGCGGGAGCCACAAAACCGACGACAGCAGUAACUACCACAACAUCGACAACCACCGCAGCAAUCACAAUGUCAGCGACAACAGUACCUAGCUUUGGAAGUUCACCAUACAUUUCAGCGGCGACUGGCACGGAUAGCAAUCUUGCGACGGCGACGGCAACGAUGACGAUGACAGGAACAACGUAUAGCUCCGACUAUAGUGAAAAGAAUAGCUACUUUUGUAUUUAUAAUAAUAACAACUUGAGCGAUGAAACUUCCUUUGGUCCAAACAUAAAUCAUCUCAAUAAUAAUAAUUUGCAUACUUCUCAGAGAACCGAGACGUCCAUAAUUUCUCCAGCGAGAAAAACAUCCAUAACAACAACACCAACAUACUCAUUGAAUGCAUCCGACCCCCCCUUUUACAUGAAGUAUAAUACAACCACCUCUUCGUAUGCUAGUAUUUUGCAAACGGCAUCUUCGUCCUCAUUGCCAUCGGCACCGACAUCGUCAUCGCCAUCCCCAUCCAUAUCAAUGCCAUCGUAUACGUGUACAGUAUUACCAGAAACCAGAUAUAGUAGUCCAUCAGUCAUUACAACAACUGAAAAUGCGGCAACCGCUGCAACAACAACAGCAACGGCAUCAUAUAUAACUUUCAUGCCAUCGGAACAUAGUAGCAUCAUGUACAGUACUAAAUGUAGUUAUAGUGGUAUUGAUAGUAUUAGUGGCAUCAAGGACACAAAUAAGACAUAUACGUCCAGUAGUGUGAUUGGUGGUAUAAGUAAAACUAGCAUUUAUGAUGACUACCUCAAGGGGGACGGAAUUAGUUAUCUUAGUUUUAUACCAUUAACAACAUCAGAUGCGAUUGUAACGGCGACAUCGGCAGUUGAGCCAUUUAAGACAAUCGAAACCACAACCUCCACGUCACCACCACUCACAAUCGGUAUUCCAUCCUUGUCGAGUCUUAUGACUUCAAAAGCCAGUAAAGUAGCCACAACCGCAUUCGCCUCAUUAGCAUCCCCAACAUUCACAUCAAAAGCGCCAGAAGAAAUCAUAUCAACAUCGCUUGCAUUGUCACCACUUAUAAGUUCGAGUCCCAUAGAUGUUUUGACGAAAUUGACUACCACAAAGCAAAUCGAAGAGGAUACUGGCAAAUUUGAGAAUUCCUCAGCAAUAGAAUCCAGCAUAUCUCCAAAUAAUUAUUUAAAAAAAUAUCCUCUUAGCAUAAUCACAGCCACGUCAAGCAUAGGUGAUAGUAGCGAUAAUAAAGAUGGACUGCUCACAACAACUAUUGAAGUAGCGAAAGAAACAACAACAGCCAUAGUAGCCACAACGCCAGCAAACGUUUCUUUCACUGACACCACUACACCAACAUCAUAUGCGGAUUAUUUGACAAAAUAUCAAUUGCCAACAACAACAACUGCAACAAAUAUAUCCCCGUAUAUUUCGAACGUGAGCGGUGAUAUCGAUAGUGGCAUUGCCAACGAUAUUAAAAGCGAAUUGCCGGCAUAUAUAACUGAUUUUCUGAACUGUGAUACAAGCAAGUCAAACAUGAGUGACUAUGACCCAUCAUUGUUUAGCUAUAUGUAUAACUGUUUCGAUUCAUAUACGAUACCCACUACAAAAUCAACAUGUACUACAACUACAAUCGCGGUGGCGAGAACGAAUGCGACGUCGACAAUCGAAGCCAGCUCAGAAAAUGUGAUAAAUGGACUGCCAACGAAAAUCGCUACGGAAAAAGAAAUAGCGACUAUAAGCUCAGACGCUGGUGUCGCGAUAGUAAACGAUGCUUUAACAUCGGUGACUAAAAUAACAUCAGCUUACGGCCUGGACAGUGGUGUAUUUUCCAUGCCCUAUCCCUUGGAGCCCACAAAAAUUGUGGACGAUGAGCAACGUGCAACUGCAAUAAUAACAACCGAGGGUAUGGCAUCGUCAGUAACAUCGUUGUCUCUCGCUUCGGCAUUCGAUGACAACUUUUACGACAGUUAUAAUGUGGACUGGACGGAUCUAACGGUACCCGUUGCUGAUAAAACAGAACUGCCUGGUGUUACAACUGCGACGACAGUUAUGCCACAUUAUGAGCCUACUGUGACAACAACAGCAUUUCUCAGUUCAAUCAUCGAAGCCACAACGGCAACGGCAACAACAGGUAGUACUAGUCUCGUUAGUGGCAGUACACAGGGUGGUUAUUAUCGCCCAGCCAAUGCAGUAACAAAUAGAGAUAUGACUACUAAAAAACUGUUGCCGCCAUCAACAUCAACAACAGCAACCACAACGGCAACUGGAGGGCCGUCUACGACGUCUGCCUCGUUAGGUGUUGCCAGUAAGGCCACCAGCAUGUUUGGUGGCAUCUCUAAGGGCAUUAAAGGUGGUCUUGAUGGCGUGCUCAGCGGUGUUAACGCUGUUACAGCCACAACUGAUAUCAAUGCUAAGCAACAGUCGCAACAGCAACCAGCCAAGAAUAGUGGAUUUGGCUUUAGUCUGGCAUCGAAGUUCGUGCCGAACGUCGGAGGUUUACUGGCUGGCGCAACGGCGGCGGUCCAACAGACUGGCGUAGUAAAGCCCAGUAAAAGCAGUGAUACUGCUGCUUCAACGGCGUCGACUACAGUAACUACAGCGACAGCAAAGCUGUUAAAUGCUGGUGACACGAUAUCCGGCAUAACAGCAACCACAGUUCCGAGUUUCUCUACUAAUUUGUGCAUAGCAAAUGCCACAGUCGAAGACGGUACUAGCAGCCAUAACAGUUAUGGUUUCUACACCAACUCGGCUGCCGUAACCUUCGAUGGUACGUUUCAACAAACUGGAAGUGCUAAUCUUAAUAAAUUUAGUGAUCCAUUGUAUACGAAUAGCACGGCCCAUGUGGAAACCACUCCGUAUGACGUUAGCGGUAACGCAGUAUACGGCCAACAAAUGCAUAUACAGUCCGAUGAUAUGAUGUUGAAUGCAAUGAACAUAAUGCACGACAACAGCGUCGGCAGUGUUAGUGGUGACGACAUCAUGUACAUGCAACAACAAUCACAAUCAUCUGUUGUAGUGGUGACAAGUGAUAGCACAAAAGUUGGCUUCAAUGGUCACUCUUACAAUGAAUGUUUCGACGCUGGCGAUGUGGCGGACUUAAAUGUGGGCGUGGAUGAUGAGUACGGCUACGCUGAGUAUGAUGAGUACGCGGCAGAUUUGAUGGUUGGUGAUGAUAUUUAUAAUGUCACUUAUGCUGAGCAAAUAGCUGAUGGCAUGCAAAUUGUUGGGGCUGAUGGAAGUAUGGUGACUACGACUGCUAUGCUCAAUGAUAAUAUGAUGACAACAUAUAACCAUUCGCAACAACAAGUCGACAGUGAACAAUUGCCUCAACAGCAGCAACAAGCCACAAAGUUUUCGAGCCCUGCGUCCUUGGCGAAAAAGGCCACUUCCUCCCUCUUGCCAUCGCUAACUAAUUUUACUGCACAAGUACAGACCCAACGACCACCUGCAAAUGACAAUAGUAAUACUGAAACGACACUGCAGCCAUCGUCAGCAUCAGCAACGGCAGCUAAGCCUUCUGGUGGUGGCGGAGGUGCAGCCGGUGGUAUGUUUGGUUCGUUCCUGGGCAAAGCAGCUGCUGCGGUGCAAUCAGCCACGCAAGUUGUCAAUCAGGCGACUACAGUUGUGCAACAAAAGACAGCUACACCAGCUACAACAACAGCCGCAGCAGCAGUGACAACCACUACCGACGUAAUGUCGAAGAUAACAACAGACAGGACCACAGCCGCCACUGUGGCAGCAAUCACAAACGGUUAUCCGCUCAUGCACAAUACUGAUUACAACAUUCAUCAGCAGCAAGAACAGCAAAAAUUGCUAUCGCACCAAAACUCAAUGUCAAGCCAGUACUCAGCUACCACCGCAAUUGGCGAUGAUUAUGAAAAUAGAAAUGUGUAUCACUACAAUGAUAAUGCAGUUACGACUGGCACGUCAGCAACGACUACAAAUUAUUAUUUGAAUGGUAAUCAAAGCCAAUUGCAACAGCAGCAAAGUGGUAAAUUGUUGCCGACGGUGCCACCAGCUGGAUCCACCGGUAAAAAGCUGCCCACCAUCAAUAGCAGUAAAUCGGGCUUUUUGAUUAAGCAACAGCCAACCGAAAUCUACGACGACGAUCUAAUUGUUGACGAUGUGAACGAUGCCAAUGGACAUCACUUGAUCGGCAUCGACGAUGAAUUGCUUGAUGACGAUGAAAUUGUCGACGAAACGAACGAAAAUGAGUUGAAUAAUGUUGGUGAUAGCGAAUUGGGUCGGUACAUCGUUGAUGAUCGUAUUGGCUGCGAGCAGAGCCAAAAACAGCAAUGCUUGCGACAAAUACAGCUGAAUUAUGACAUCGAUAGUGAGCAGGCUAAUUACUACAUGGAUCCCCAGCUGCAGAUGACACCGUCGGAUGCGCAGCAGGAAAAAUUGUCGCAAGAUCAUCAGCGACGGUUGGCUGCCAAUAGUUAUUAUGAGCACACCAACGGUGGUUAUGAUUAUAGGGAGGAUUAUUUCAACGAGGAAGAUGAGUAUAAAUAUUUGGAGAAGGAGCAAGAGCUACUCUACCAGCAACAGCAAAAACAAAAAUUACUCAAACAAAGACAACAGCAACACAGCUAUCAGCUUGACGAUUUUAGCGAUGCAUACUUAGAAGAGAAUUACCAGAGCGAAGACAGUGGCAAUUAUCUAGAUGAAAGUUCGAGCGGAAGUGUUGUUGGUGCGGCUGCAAGUGCUAAAGCGAAAAAACAAGCAAUUGAACCGGACGAAAAACAAGUUAUUAUGGAAAAUGCUGUAGUAUCGAAUGGUUUACAUUCUUCACGCUCCCCAGCGGCUAAGAUAGCCGCUGGUAGCGGUGCUGCAGUCGCUAAUGGAAGCUCUCAUCAUCAGCAUCAAAUAAAGAAGCAAGAUAGCAUAAUAAUGGAGGAGGGCGAAGAUGACGUCUUGCUUAGCGAAGUUGGCGUCAACAAAAGUGGCCUUAGUAAGGCUCAGCAUUCGCCGAAUAGCCGAAGACCCAGUCACGACUCAUUGAUCGAAAACGAAGACGACACCAUGUCCGAGCUGCCGUCUCUGUCGAGCACAAUCAAGAAAAAGGUACUCAUGCGUGGCGAAACCGAAGAAGUGGUCGGCGGGCACAUGCAUAUGAUAAGAAAACCGGAGGUCACAGCAAAGCAACGUUGGCAUUGGGCAUACAACAAAAUCAUAAUGCAAUUAAACUUUCGCGGGUAUAUGAAAUUCAGACAUCACGAAAUAAAAACAACUUCUUUUCGUGCUGUUGAAGGCGGCUUUAAAUUCGACAAACAGAAGGCAUGUGUCGAUCCUAUUCUCACGGGUAUUUUCCAAGUUUGGUGUAUUGCGAAUACGAGAUCAAUGUUGGAUUUGGCAGACCUGAAGCCACACUGGUAA